AUGCAGCAUUAUCGCUAUGAAGCUCUUCAGCACCCCGAAUCUAUCAGGGUGCUUAUUCUCCAUCCAGCCCUAGACCCUCAGAGUGCCAUUCGGUGCCACUUCUUAAAAAACAACCCAGUCUUACCGACCAUCCAAUCUCACCCUCGAAAGCCGGGAUCGCCACUCCGUGAAACUGGCACCCCAAAAAUCGUGCCGUCAACCGAGAAUGGGGGGGUUGCGGAGGAGUAUCAGCCACGCAAGGUUAACAUCAAGCCGGGUAGCCCCGACGAAAGCCACAGAAGUGUUGACCGGCCACCGGGUUUCCCUGCCUACGAAGCGCUCUCCUACACUUGGGGCGACCCAAUGGAUCCCGUACCCAUUCAUCUCAGCAGAAGAAACCAUUCUCUCUUGCGUAGUCAAGAGGCGACGCAGUUUCUGGCUACGCGCAACCUUUUCGGAGCCCUCCGCAGUCUCCGCCAUCGGGUCUCUAGACGGCUGUUGUGGAUCGAUGCUAUCUGCAUUGAUCAAUCUAACCUGGACGAAAAAACCACCCAGGUCCGUCUCAUGGACCGUGUGUACGCCGCGUCGCACAAGGUCGUGGUCUAUCUGGGUGAGGAGACACCAUCCAGCCGCAUUCUCUUCCGAGAGCUUGCCCUCGCCACACGCGCGCCGCGUCGCAAGCUGAUGCCGUUCGAAGGGGAACAUCCGUAUAGUAGGCGAUCCCCCCCAAUCAUCCGUGCUGCACCAGACCAGGCUGUCAUUAAUGCUAUGAAUGAUCUGUUCAACCGGCCCUACUUUCAGAGAAUAUGGGUUCUUCAAGAAGCCUAUUUCUCUUGCCUGGCUUCCAAGCCUGCAAUUGUCCUCACUUGCGGCAUGGUCCACGCUUCAAUAGACGUUUUGUACAGAUGCGUUUUUGGUUACGAAGAAUCACGUCGGCUGACGAGCACUGCUAUACCACUGCCCAUCGAGUACGGAACGACGGGAACUGGGUUCAGUAGUUUUUCAUCCUUGUGGGUGCUACUAAUGCAAAGCCGGCGGUGCCAGGCGACAGAUCCCCGAGACCGGGUUUUCGCCCUCCGAAGCUUGAUAACUCGAGAAGACAAGACGCUUGACAGCUUGAUAGACUAUCAUCAAACGGUGGAAACCGUCUUCACUAAUGUGGCAACCUACUUGCUAUCUGACGAGGACACCGACUUAUGGUUGCUCUUGGCUCUCCGCCAUCCGCAUCAAAGGCCAAUGCCUUCGUGGGUUCCAGACUGGUCUCAGAACCAGCCCAUCGGCGGAAUUAAGUCUACGUUUGAUCCAUACGGUUCCGGUAGAGAUAAGAGAUACAAGACGAAAAUGCAGCUACAGGUUGGGGCGUAUAGCCUCAGCCAGCAACGAGCUCCGGAUCCUGGGAUCCCGAACUACGGUCCGCACUUGCAAGCAAAAGGCCGCGAGUUCUCUCGCAUUCUAGUCAUCGGCCCAAAAAUCUCUGUCGAUAACUUUCCCGAGUGGGUCAUUCAUCUGAGAGGUCUCUUAUUCCAGACUUAUGGCGACGUCAAAACAGGAGCAUACCCGCAGAGUAUUAUCGAAGCCAUUCGAAAUCGCAACGAUGACCCGGAAGCCGUGCUACAGCUACUGUCACGUAGUGACGGACACUCUCAGAACCAUAGUGAUCUUUUAAAGUACAUUAUUGCCAACAAUCAUAACCUGGAUCAAGGUUGUCCGGCAAAAGAAUUAUGGGAAAUGAAGACCGGCUGGAUUGAUGCCUUCGAUGACUGUGUCCUUUUCAUAGACACCAGAGGUAAUGUUGGAGUCGCGCCGCCCCAGACUGCUAUUGGUGAUGCCAUAUACGUAAUCAGAGGCGCGUUCGCGCCUGUACUGCUGCGGUCUGUGGGACACGGUCUGUGGCGUCUGAUCAGUGGAGAUUGUUUUCUGCCCAAGGCAAAGGAGAAUAAGGAGCUGUUAAGUCUGCCCUUGGAAUCAGAUAUGGAGGAUAUUACAAUAACCUAG